AUUGGAUUCUAUCAGGCUAGGAACUUUAUGUCACUGAUCUAUUCUUUAACCCCAUUAAAACAACUAUUCAAACUGGCAGUACGAAAGGGUGUUAAAAACACUACGUAAAAGAAAUGCGAAUACUAAAACGUCAUCGAUUUACGAACGACAGAGUUUGAUACAACGAUCCAUGGCCAGUUGAUGAUGGAACAAACAUUUUUACCUUGAUGUCAAAUAUUUAAAUAUAUGCUCUGUAAUACAAUAUGUGGAUGUGCAUCAUUUUGUUCCUGGUGUUAGACGAGAGAAAGGGAGAUCUUAUUGCAGCUUCCGAGGUUCCCCAUCCCCAUAAUUUGACAAAUUCUGUGUUUCUCUCCAACGAGACCAGACUGCUCAGUAAGUUGUUCUAUGAAUCUGGAUACAACAGAAAUGCACUUCCAAAACGAAAUGCAAAGGACAGCGUAGAGGUUGCCAUCAAAUUUUACAUUUCACAAAUAGAUGCGUUGCGAGAGAAAGACCAAGUGCUGACUGUUACGGGAUGGGUGGAGAGCCACUGGCGUGAUGAAUUUAUAACUUGGAAUCCAGAAGAUUAUGGAGGAAUCGAAUAUAUCAACGUUCUCCCUGAGCUUGUUUGGUUACCACGAUGGGCCUUAUUUAGUAGCCCGGGCGAUAUUUUCAAAAGAGAAUAUUUCGAACUGUUUCAAGUGAGAUACCUUAGUGAUGGUGCUGCAAAUAUAGAUAUAGGGGGAGACUUUUCAACAGUUUGUCCAGUGAACAUCAAAUUUUACCCCUUUGAUGAUCAGAUUUGCAAAUUUAUUUUUGCAAAUUGGGUUUACACGGGUAACGAUGUUAACUUGACGUGCAUGGAGCCGCAUGUGAACCUGGAGGUGUUUCUUGAGAGUGGAGAGUGGGAAAUCAUUGAGACAAAUGGCAAACGAAUUGAAUAUUUCUACGCGGCUCAUCCUGACCUACCAUAUCCAGAGGUUCACUAUACCAUUGUACUACGGAGGAAGCCAUUGUUUUAUAUGAUCAAUGUAGUGCUACCGGUAAUGCUAAUAGCCUGUCUGACUUUACUUGUGUUCUGGCUGCCGGCUGAUUCAGGUGAAAAAAUGUCGAUGGGCCUCACUAUUUUGCUGUCAUUCUCCGUGUUUCUUCUGCUAAUAGUCGACAACAUUCCAAAGACGUCUACCGCUACACCCUUAAUAGUGGUGUUCCUCGUGACACUGAUGAGCAUAACUACAAUGUCAGUAGGGUUCACUGUUAUGGUGUUACACAUUCAUUUCUACGGCCAUCCUGAAUUACACCCCCCAAAAUGGCUGAUCAAGCUUGUCAGCACGGUACAUAAGAGUCAGAUAUUACACCAAGAUACAAGUGAAGUCUACUAUAACAGUAAGGAAGAUGAGCAAAACUGUAACAAUAUACAAGACUCUGUAAUUAUGACCUCAACCAAUAAUAAACAUCAAAAUGGACAAAAUACAUUCCUAUCAAAUAAAGUUGGAGAGUUAAUCGAAAAGGUGGUAAAAAGGCAAGAAAAACACGAUGACAUGAAGCUUAAACUGGAAAAAUGGCGAGCAGUUGCAAGAGGAAUAGAUCGCCUUCUAUUUUGGAUUUGCCUCUCAUUGCUGGUCAUAUUUGCCGUCAUAUUUUUAGGGAUUUAUCCAAAUACUAAGCCUGAUCUAAGGGAAAUGUCAUGACUGGUAAGCCAGGCCAUGGAUAUAAUCAUACCGUGAGAUUGAAAGACCUGGAAUAAAUUCAAAUUAAUUUACUAGUAUAUACUGUAAAUUGACACAUAAAAGAGCAUAUGAAUGUUAAAUAUUUAUGUAUAAAGUAUUACCUUGAAAAAAUGCUUGUAUAAGUGAUAUAAGCUACAACUAUUUUCAAAAC